GGGGAGGGGUUUCGGCUGCCGGGGGGCGGGAGGAGGAGGCGGAGGCAGAGCAAUGCUGAGCUGAUCCCACGUGUGACGAGCUCCUUCCCGGCUCAAUAAUCUUGUGUUGUGGCUCCUCUAGGCUGAGCUGCUGCUGCCUCUCUCUGUGUGUGACACCCAGCAGUCCCAGCGCAGGAGAGCCGCGGCUGUCACCCUGUGCCGUCUAUGUGUGUGAGCCGGACUGCGGCCGCUCUGCGCUGACCCCUCUGCUCACCCGCUCUCUGCUGCCUGGGCUUCUUCUUUACUUUAGUGUUCUUCUUCUUCUCCCCUCUAACUGUGUCCAGGGGCUAUGGAGGCAGAUGGGAGCCAGGCCACCUCCGGGAGUCCGAACGAUUCUCAGCACGACCCCGGUAAAAUGUUUAUCGGCGGCCUGAGUUGGCAGACGUCCCCAGACAGCCUCAGAGACUAUUUUAGCAAAUUUGGCGAAAUCCGAGAAUGCAUGGUGAUGAGGGACCCCACCACCAAGCGAUCCAGAGGCUUCGGCUUUGUUACGUUUGCAGAUCCUGCAAGUGUAGAUAAAGUAUUAGCUCAACCCCACCAUGAAUUAGAUUCCAAGACGAUUGACCCUAAAGUUGCAUUUCCAAGGAGAGCCCAGCCCAAGAUGGUCACAAGAACAAAGAAAAUAUUCGUAGGAGGAUUAUCGGCAAAUACAGUAGUAGAAGAUGUAAAGCAAUACUUUGAGCAGUAUGGCAAGGUUGAGGAUGCUAUGUUGAUGUUUGACAAAACUACAAACAGACAUAGAGGUUUUGGUUUUGUAACCUUUGAAAAUGAAGAUGUUGUGGAGAAAGUCUGUGAGAUUCAUUUCCAUGAAAUAAACAACAAAAUGGUUGAAUGUAAGAAAGCACAGCCUAAAGAGGUUAUGUUUCCUCCUGGAACAAGAGGACGGGCGAGAGGUCUCCCCUAUACUAUGGAUGCAUUUAUGCUUGGGAUGGGAAUGCUGGGUUAUCCAAAUUUUGUUGCAACCUAUGGCAGAGGAUACCCUGGAUUUGCACCAAGCUACAGCUAUCAAUUUCCAGCAAUUUUGCCCUAUUUAAAUGCAAGUUUCCCUACAGCAGCAGCCUAUGGACCAGUAGCCGCAGCAGCCGUUGCAGCAGCCAGAGGAUCAGGAAUCCCAGAUUAUGGUUUCUAUACUUCGCCCGGUGACCAACGGGCCACACUAUCGUUUGCGGAUUACAGUUCCAUGGGGCCUCGAGCGGCACAGAUGCUUCGUAGCGAGCAUGCUGCUUCAGCAAGUAACUCCCCCCUCCAUCACCUUCCCAGCCCGGAUCAGUUUAAGAACCCAGUCCUGAAUAGCUACAGUGCUCAACCGAAUUAUGGCGCACCCGCUUCCCCAGCAGGCACCAAUCCAGCUCGACCUGGUGGAUUUCCAGGGGCAAACAGCCCAGGCCCUGUUGCUGAUCUCUAUGGAACUGCUAACCAAGACUCUGGUGUUGGUAACUACAUUAGUGCUGCAAGUCCUCAACCAGGCUCUGGUUUCGGCCAUGGAAUUGCUGGGCCUUUGAUUGCAACGGCUUUUACAAAUGGAUACCAUUGAAACGUUUCAGGUGAUUGGUUGCCAUCUCAUUUUGAGAAUUUGUCUGGAUACCCAGGCAAGACUGGGCGAAGUUUCUGAAUGGUCCCACGUUGGGAUGAUGUCACCAGACCUUCAGUACUACAUUAUCAUUAGUACAAGAUAUACAUGCAGAAACACAACUGGAGAUGGCAUUCUGGGGACUGCAAGUGUUUCAAUCUCAUCAUCUCAUGAACCUGCUGUGCUACAGACUCUACAGCUUUUAUUUUUCCUUUAUGAAAGAAAUAUGUCAGUUAUUGCUUUUAUCAGUGCUUUGUCAUUUUUUCCCCCCUUUUACGAUUCUUCCUACUGUUGCUUAGUUUUUAAUAUUGUAGCAGCGAUAUUAAUUGUUGAUUUUUUUUUUCCAUGUCUUUAUCUUCAUUAUUAUUUUGCAGAGGUUGAACUUUUAUUAUAAGUUGUAAACUUUGGUACCAAUCUUGAAAGAAGGAAAAAAAAAAAAAGGCUGGUAAAGAAAAAGAAAAAAGAAAAAAAAAGAGAGGUUUUUUAGCACAUUAUGAAAGUUAAUGUUGGGUUUUAUUUGGUACUGAAGUAAAGAUUAAAUUUUGUGAUGUAUAUAAUGUAAAAGAGCAGCUGGCUACGGUGAUAUUCUGUAGAUUUUUUUUUUGUGAUGUCUCCCUUUGUUAAACUGAUUAUCUAUUUUCGGCAAUAACUUAAGGACGAGAAAUUUUGAGUCCUCGGUUUUCUAUAAGUGCUUUUUUUUUUCUUGUUGACAGAGGUGAUAUUCUAAGGUUUUAUGAAAUUCAUUCUUAAAAUAAACAGAAGUGCUGUAAAUAACCUUCCAUUAACUAUGUGUAAGAGAAAAAAAAAUCUAUAUAUUUUUUGUGAGGGCAAGCAAUCUUCAGCAUCUCUGAACAAUAAAGGCAGUAGAAAUUUAUACCCUGAAUGAAUUGCCAGGAUGUGCCCUAGUAGUUAGAUUAACACUGUUACAUUUGUUGUGUAGGUGUUUAGACCCGAUAACUGUACUAGCGUCAUACCAGCAUAUUACCUAUUUAAACUUUGUGCACAGCUUAAAAGUCAAGUUCUAUUUUUGUUGUUCUGAGGAUAAAAAUAAAUGCCCAGACUAAAAAUGAAGCUACAAUUGUAAUAUUUAAGGUAUUUAACAUUUGAAGUGCAUCAUAUUUUUUAUUUUAUUUUAAGUUAGAUCAAAUAAUAGUCCAGCCAUUUCAGCUGCUCUAUGUAUUUGUUGUCAUUUUCUUGAGCUCUUUUUGUUUUCUUGUCUCCAGUGACUGACACAUGCCAUAUAGGAAGGGCAUCAUUCACCCUGUGUUACCUUCUUAUCACUUUGUUCUCCUUUUUUAAUUAGGAUUGCAAAUCAUUUGUUUUAAUACCUCAGUGCUCUAUCGUGAUAGAGGAGAUAAAGAAUAAUUUAUUAUAGAAAGAAUAAUAAUAACAAAACUAUUGAACAUCAUUGCACUGUGACUGGUAGGGAAAACUGAGAAUUUCCUAUUUGCACAAGAUUAUUUUGGCUGUUUUCUAUUUGGUCAUGUCCUGGGGAAGCUUAUGAAGGAUAUUUUAUUUUCAUUUUGUAAUAUCAAAUAAUAGGCCUACAACAGUGACAUAAAAGUACAACUUGGUGUUUAUGGCAUUAACGUACUGUUGUAUGAUUUUCAUUUGAAUUGUUUUGUAUAUGCCAAGUUUUAUUAUUUUUUUAACUGUUACAUGUAAAAAAAAAAAAAAUUGGUACUUUUUUUCAUACAGCCAGUACAAGACACUGAAUGCUACAUUUCUGAAACAGAAGCUGCUGCACUCCUAUUUUUAUAAAUGUUACUAAUAGGUUAUUAGACCAUACUUAAUCUAGGUUCAGUAUAGCAAAUAUGGGGGAGGGGGGCAUGCUGAGUUAAAUUCUGUUUUUCUUUUUUUAUCUUUUCCAUGUUUGUAAGUGGAAACUCCGUUGUAAUUUUGUUUGUCAAUUUAUUUUUUUAAACAUUAAGAAUCAUUUUAAAAUACUGUAAAUCAAACCAAACAGUUAUGUGUAAGUAAAGUAGAAAUCAGUCCCCAAACCUUAAUCUUUAAAGUCAGGGGAUUUUUUUAAAGCAAAUAUUUUAUUAAUGUUGAUAAUGUACUGUACUUCCAUACAUAUAUAAAUAUAUAUACACGUGUACACGCUUUUUUUUCCCCCCCUGUCCAAGCCACCUCAUAGAAUUUUCUUUUAUCCUCACUGAUAUUGUAGCUGUGUAAAUAGUGGCUUUUGUGUAAAUGUGCUGUCCUGAUGCUAACAUACUAAAUUUAUUUCUCUUGUUAUUAUAAUAAAUCUUGGUAGAUGUAUUGUAAUUAAGAUUACAGGCAAAAUAGGUGUAGAUCUUCACAUUUAGGACCAGUAAGGAUAGAUCUUUCUCUAAUUUAUGAAUGAUUUUUUGAGCAUUUUUUUGUUAUUUUAUCAGUCUGAUGUGGUUUCAACUAACCAAAGGUCUCACAAUGCUAAAAAUGCUGGCAAUCUCUAAUAGGCAUUUUGCAGAUCUCCCUACCCUCCCUUGAUUUUAAAAGGGGAAUGCCAUACUACCUUAAAUGCUAACGCUAUAUAUGCAAAACUGGAUUUUUUUAAUUUAUUUUUUAAAGAGGGAGGCAUGGUAUAUUAAAUGAUUUUACUAAGAGAAAAAAACAAAUAUUUUUUUAAGAAAUGCUCAGAAGAAAUUGAUGAUCUGUGUGAAUAUGUUUUCCAUGUUUAUACACCUUUUUGAACAGUCCCUUUGGCCCACAGAUGAAUUGUGAAACCUGUUUUGUUUCUAAAUGUGGCUACCUAGACCAAGGUUUGCUCUAGUCCCAUUUUCAUCUAGUAUUCUCAAGGUUUUGUAACAUCUCUAGCACAAAGCAUUAGCCUUUAUUUUACUCAAGGACAAAGGGUCGUGUCUCCAUCGCUGUAUUUGCAUCUUUGUAAGGUUGUGCUUUCUCAUCGGACUUCCAACCUAUAAUUAUUAUUAUUUUUUUCUUUUUUUCAUUAAAGACAUCCAAACACUUCCAGUUCAAGACUUUAAACACAUCCCCACUCAUACAGUUGAGUACCGUAAUCCAUAUCACCUCAACAUGACUAUAACAUUUGUUUAAUGGAGUACGUAAAAACCAACAAACAAGAGAAAACUUUCCUAUACUUAUGUAGUUCUAUUUGAGUAAAGGGCCAUUUUUAUUUUAUUUUUUUAAUUCUUGGACAAAAAUGUUCUUAAUAAUAAAUCCAAUAUAAAUUAUGUUGUCGGUACAUUAUUAGCAAUCUUUAAUCUCAAUAUUUAAAGUAACUAAGUCACAUCCCUACCUCCGCAAACUGUUUUGUGGCCUCUAUAUCUUACAGGUGCUGCGCUGAAGUUUGGGGAAUAUUUUGUUCAUGGCUCUGUUUACAUCUGUCCUGCAGAUAUAAUUGCCUUCCUUGGUGUCCAUAGUUUUGUUUUCAUAAAAAGUGACAGAAUGGGUAACAGAGCCUUCGACACAAAUGGGAGCAGAGCCCUACUAGGGAGGUAGUGGUGCAAAUGCUUUUCGUUUGUUGAGAGUAAUGAUAAACACACACACAAUAAACAGAUUCAACACUUGUUUGUAUAUGAAUUCCUUCACUAUCCCUUAUGACAUGUGCUUCUCUCUUAUAAAUACGUGUUUUGCCUGUUAGUGUCAUCUUAUAAUGAUAGAAGUAGGAUGCAUAAUGCAGUUUUAAAGGAUAGUGAAGGCUGUUUUCACACAGGCUUAAUGUGGCUGUAUUUUGAAUUCAUAUUAGCUCUUUAAAUCCCGGCCUAACAACCCUACCUGACAGCUUUCAGGUCAUCAAUAAGAUGACCAAGCUGGUAUUUGUGGUAGUAUAGAUGCAAAAACUCAGCUGUAUUAAGCCUUUGUGAAUCCAGCCUUGGGUCUUUCUUUUUUUCUUUUUUGAUACAUGUUAGACAAUGAAAACAAAAGGGGUUACUUAAAUUACAUACUGUAAAAUUACCCCAGUACUCACGUUAGAAUCUUAUCAUGAAAACAGAUUAGCAAUAAUGAAGUCAAGGUGGUCAUUAUUGGCCACAACCGAGAUAAGUUGAUAAAAUGGUUAAUGCUUCGUCCACCUUUACAAUUUCUUUUGAUUGUUUCAAUAAAGCUGUAAAGAAAAAUGAAUUAACUUUGCAAUAAGUUUAAAAAAUUUGCUAUUGUUUGGUUUCUACAGCUCCUAAGGUAGACUGAAGCCCUGCAUUCUUACAGUCUUAUACUUUUUCCCAUUAGACUCCUACUUUGUGGUAAAAUAUUUGGUAAGUUAGACUGAAUACCACUGUAUGUCACCAUGGAAGCACACUGUCAGCAUAGGAGCUGUGGAAACAAAAUAGUGGAUUUUUUACUGACUUCUUAUUGCAUUAGCCUUUGCAUUAUUGAAGGGAUAGAAAGAUGUUUGCAAAGACGGACACAGCCUUUAAUGAUUAUCUUUAUAGCCGCUUUAAUGAGAAGUUUGUUAGGUCAACUUGUAGUAUUGUAGGCUUAACAACAUUACUAUUCUUUAGCUAACUUUGUUUCCUGCUUCUGUUUUACUGCUGUAUGCCAUUGUCAGAAAUAGGACAAAGUAAAUGACUAACCAAAUUUAUAUAUAUAUAUAUAUAUAUAUAUAUAUAUAUAUAUAUAUAUAGCAGACAUUUGGGACUAUAUAGAUUAUAAAGCUUUUUGUAACUUCUGGCAAUAUCAAUUAAAGUAAAAUAAAAUAAAAAUAGACAUCCUACAUGGAUAGGAAAUAUUUCUAUAGGGAUCUGUGAUUGUGUUCUGUCCAAAGAACAAACUGUAUGGCACAAAGUAUAUAAUAAUUCACCCCUCACCCUCUUCCCGCCAUACAGUUUUGAGACCAGCACUAGAACAGAAUAUUUACACAGUUACUUAUGACAGUAGAAGCCAAUUUACUUGGUUUAAUCGUUAUGUAUGCUAAAGGGAACCUGUCAUCACUUUUAUGCUUUCUGAAGCAGAAAUCAUUGAGGCAGUUUCCGGUGGCUUUUGUCUGCCCUGCCAGCCAUGAUUGAUAGAUCUCUUCCACUACCCAAACAGGGACAGAUCUAUAGAUUUAUCAGUCAAGGCUGGUGUGAUGGGAAAAGCCACUGCCGACUACCCUGAUUACUUGUGGUUCGGGCAGCAUAAAAGUGAUGACUGAUUCCCUUUAAUAGAUAUAGUUGACAUUAUGAAUGUUGGGAAAUACUAUAAUAAAUACAUUUAAUAAAAACAGGAUCUGUUAUUUGUAUAUUUAAGGAAUUUCCCUUCUCCAGCAUUGUACGGACCCAUAAAGGUCUUAUUUAAGCUUUUGAUGAAGGUGGUUGUGGUUGUAAGCUAUACUGGAGUGAAGGGCGAACCUAGCUAGUGAAAGGAUAAACCGAGCAAAGUAGGACUAUCAUGACUUCCGUAUGUUGUUUAGAUGCUCUAGUUGAUGAGUAAUUUAUUCAACUUGCCAACUACAUUAAAAGUUAAUACUUUAUUGUAACUUCAAGAUACAUGAAUGUGUUACAGUGCACAGCACCAGAUUUAAAUGAAGAACAUAACAAUGUUUCCCUAGCAUAGAUACAUCCGGAGUUGGUGCAUACCGUCGAGGGACAUGGCCUGUCUGCCAUGGAGUACUCUAACAGCAAGUACUGUAGACACUGCAACAUGUAGUUUUGUCAUCACACUAUAUAUUAGUCUUUAUAGUUGUAAAGAGUUUUAUAGUCUUUAUCACCUCUACAUUUUGUACUAAAAAGUAAUCCCUAGCCAGUAAAAAAAAAAACAUGGGACCUCAUUUCUCAUUACUGUGUACCAGUAAUCUUGGCCUUGUUGCCCAUACCAACCAAUCAGAGCUCUGCUUUCAUAAUCCAUUGUCAUUGGCUGAGAUGGUUGACAAUUCCCAUUCUGAUCAGUGAGGCCUACUAUAUAUUUGUACAAAUUACAACAUAUUGGUCAAUUACCAUUGACCUAAGGAAACUCAUACCAGGGAAGCCUGUAAAUCUAUAUCCUUAGGGUUUCCAUCUUUCUUGUAGUUAAUACAUUAUGGUAGUAUAUUUAUCCAUGUAUAAACAAGCAAAAUCAGGUGCUGGGGCUCACACAAAGAGUGCACAGACAUGCUGUAUACACACAUACUUUUACAGUUUGUCCUCUAAUCACGUGAGCCAUGUAUACAUAAGUUUCUGCCUAUUGUCACAUGAGCACCUGUAUCUUAUAUCAGUACAGUAUUGUUGCAUAGUAAACAUGACACCUUUUCCAUUGUCCUGCCAUGUGUUCUGCAUGAGUGUCUAAGAAGCUGAAUUUUGAUAGCAUACAGACUUUUAUACUUUUGGUUACAGUAAAGUCUGCUUCUUUAGUGAGAGACCAUACGCACCUUCUAAAUACUACUGAAUAUUGUCAUAUCAUUUCCUAGUCAUUUAUACGUGACUGGCACACUCAUGUUGACCAGUGCCUUUAUGUAGUGAAAUUAGUUAUGGACAAGCAAUACUGGACUUUAAUUGCACUGUAUAAAUAAGAUGAGAAUGAAUUGUUUAUACGCCUUUGGCAAAACCAUGUUUGUUUCAUAGGUUCCUUAGGUUAAAUUGUCCUUUUAUUUGAGCUAUUUUUAUACACUUGUGUUCAGUGGAGAUACAGCACAGUUGCUUUGUACAAUGCCUUCCGAAAAUAAAUCCUCUCAGUAACAGGAGACUAGCUGGCCAUUCAACAAAACGCUUGUUGGUCUAGACCAAAUGUGAUGAAAACACUAACCAACAAAUGAGCACGAUCCCCCUUGGUUAAAAUGAAGAAUGUCCUAUUCUUUUUCUUUUUUUUUCUUCUUUUUUUUAUUAACCCCUUAGGUUUCAUGAUGUUCACUUUAAGUUAAUCUUGUAGCUUGGACUUUAAGGUAGCAUGGCUCUGUCACUGUCAUUCUUAUCAUCAUUGUACAGCAGUUUUCCGCUGAUGAAUGAGGCACAUUGUACUAGAGUAGAUCAAUUGUUGGUAAUUGUUGGUAAUAAUGACCUGAAAGGUGUAUUAACUCGUAUUUUACUUUGUUUUAGCUGCAAAAAUGUAAUUUUAUCCUUAAGUGUGAAUGAGGGCUAGGGACAUAGCCACAAAUAUGUUUUAAGUGUUUGCCAUACCAUAAACAAGACAAAAGCAAUAUUAUUUAUUACAUCCGUAUGAAGUCAUCCAUGGUUUGUGUACCUGUUUACAAAAACACUAACUUGUAUUUAACUUGAAAAAAGUGUCUUGUGUGGUGUUCCUUUGAAGCUGAUCUUAUCAUGUCUGUUACUAAACUCAAUCCCAUUUUUUUUUACGGAACUUAAGAAAAUCUGUGAUAGCACCAAUGGAAUUCUGCUCUUACCAAGAUACACUGUACAUAAGUCCUGUUUUGACAUCCUACGAGUCUUCAAAAUCGAAUUAUCUACAUAUAUGUAAACACUAAGAUUUCUGUAUGUUAAGCAAUACUUCAAUAUACUGUAAUGACUUUACCAAAAAGUAAACUGAAAUCGUAUAAAAAAAUUGUAAAGCUUAAGUCACCCACGUUGCCCAUCUGAACUUUACUCAAAUCACUGAACAAUCAGAAUGUACUGUUAUUUAGAUGAUCUUCAAACUGUUUUAUUUAUUUUUUAGUAUUUUUUUUUUCGAUCUAACAGGGUAGAUAGAAAAUAAGAAGAAAUACAGGAGUCACCAAUGCUUAUUAUAAACUGCACAAUGCACCCAGUGCAAGAUAUGUGUGCCUAUUUUGGAAUGGAGGUGGGCUGUCAAAUCUAGAAGCUAAUAUAAUUUCUAAGCUCUAGUACCCAAGGAAAACCUAGCAUCACUGGUGGUUCAAAGUAUCUUUACACAAAUUAACCUUAAUGGCACUGUGGCAGACCUAGCCCUUACUUUUAUACUUUAGUAUGAACUGAUGCGAACUUUGGUAGUGACUAUUUUUUUUUAUAUAUAUACUUAUGUAUGUAUCUAUAUAAAUAUAUAUACAUAUAUCUAUCUCAAGCAUUGCAUCUUUCAGGUCUUUGUGUAUGGCUUCUUGAAGCCUCAUUGUAAAAUACUAUGUGGAUGGGGGUCUCUCACAUCAUAGAUGUGGAAAGUAUAAUUUUAUAUUUGUAUUUUCAAAUAAAUAAGUUUGUGAAAGGUUUCCAUCCUCUACUGUGGUCCAGAAAUCAAUGUGUUUGUCUGACAACAACAAAAAAAGAUAAAUAAAAUAAACUGUUUUGAACA